AUCUUCUUUGCCAAGUCACAGUCGUUCCCUUAGCUUACGCAUUUCCCCUGUUUCUCUCUCUCUACUCUCUCUCCUCCCCCUUCCCUCCCUCCUCUAGACAGCAUCUUAUUUUAAUGGCUUCGAAACCCACAAGUCUUCCCAGACGAACCCCGCUAACCGGUACAUACACACAUCUCUUACUGAAUUUAGGGUUAUUAGGGUUUGCUGUAAAAUGGGGGAGAGAGCGGUGAUUGGGAAGCCACCCAAGUUCAGAGGAAUUAGUAAGGAGGUGCAAGAGCUAUUGGAGGCUGACAUGGACGAAGCACCCGCCAGGCGUCGCGCUCGUGAGGCGUUCAAAGAUGUUCAGCUGUCGAUUGAUUUCUGCUUGUUCAAGGUGCCAUGUGAUGGGCUGAAGAUGAACGAGUCAUAUGAAGUGAACUCUAGAGGCGUGGAAAUUUUCUCAAAAAGCUGGCUUCCAGGAAACUGUCGUCCCAAAGCAGUGGUUUGUUAUUGUCAUGGCUAUGGAGAUACUUGCACAUUCUUUGGUGAAGGAAUUGCCAGGAAGUUAGUAUCAGCUGGAUAUGGAGUUUUUGCGAUGGAUUAUCCAGGAUUUGGUCUAUCAGGAGGUCUGCAUGGGUAUAUCACAAGCUUUGAUGUCCUUGUUGAUGAUGUUAUUGAGCACUUCUCGAAAAUCAGCGAGAACCCAGAAUUUCUCAGUCUCCCGAGAUUCCUGUUUGGACAGUCGAUGGGUGGAGCAGUAGCUUUGAAGGUCCAUCUGAAACAGCCCAAUGCAUGGAAUGGAGCCAUUCUCGUUGCACCUAUGUGCAAAAUUGCAGAUGAUGUGGCGCCACCAUGGUUAUUGGCACAAAUCCUUAUUGGCGUGGCUAAAUUUCUUCCAAGGCAGAAGCUAGUUCCGCAAAAAGAUUUAGCUGAGAUGGCAUUUAAAGAGUUGAAUAAGAGAGAAAUGACAGCGUAUAAUGUCAUUGCUUACAAGGAUAAACCACGUUUGCGGACUGCCGUAGAGCUUCUAAGAACAACCCAAGAGAUAGAACGUCGAUUGGAAGAAGUCUCUCUGCCGCUAUUAAUUCUGCAUGGGGAGGCUGAUAUUGUGACUGAUCCAUCAGUGAGCAAGGCUCUGUACGAGAAGGCGAGGAGUUUAGAUAAGAAACUUAAUUUGUAUAAAGAUGCUUAUCAUUCCCUUCUUGAAGGGGAGCCGGAUGAGACGAUAGCUCAAGUAUUCGAUGACUGUAUUUCUUGGCUUGAUGAGCGUUGCGGAAAGACGAAUGGAACAAAUGGUAUUUGACCCGCCACUCCUAUUGUUUUGAGUACCAACCGUGUAAAGGGAAAAAUAAGAAAAAAAAUGGAAAAUAAAUAAAAGGUCGGAAAAAUAGAAGAUGGAGACAGUUUGAUGGUUUAGAUUCAGUUUGUGCAUUACAGCUGAGAACUAUGUAUACUUGGAUGAACAGAUAUUUAUUUUUGGUAAUGCAUUCUUCAAUUCUUGCUUUUGGGUAA